AUGAGCCAACAAAGCAAAUUCGAUGAUGUGAAACCGAAAAAUCAUUUCGAAAAACUGCCAUUCGAAAUGCGGUUGAGUAUUCUAAAAUAUAUCAAAACUAAAGUUGAUAGACAACGUUAUGCAUCCUUAUCUCUUGAUUUGGCAAUUGAACUUUUCAAUAUUUCAACUUACAAUUUGAUAAAAUACGAAAGCUUCAAAAAUGGAUAUAAAGUUCGAAUUGGAACAACGAAAGAUUUUGAAACAUGUGUAACUUUUGAAAAUGAUGGAGAAAAUUGCAAAAUAAAAUGGUUAGUUUAAGAUAGAUAAAAAAAUUUUUUAAUUGAAACAAUUUGUUUCAGGAAUUACUUUUCGAUUCCAAAGAACAGUAAGAGCGAAACAUUGGAAAAUUCGAAUGCAGAAUCAGCUUCAGCAGAUUUGUUUUUAUACUAUUUGGAAAAAUAUGCCAAACAAAUUGAGGUUUUAUGCUUGAAAAAUGUAAAUUUUCAGAUAUUCCAGACAUGAUAAUAUUUGUUCUAAAUUCAGGUAAAUGUGGAAAUAACAAAUCGCGAUUUGAUGUUCGAAAAAUUGAAGGAAUUGAAAUUGGAAUUAGACAAUAAAACAUUGGCCAAAUUCAUUUUGAAAAGAAUUCCGGAAAAAGUAAAUUUGGAAAUUCGAGCUUCGGGAAAUUUAUCAAUCGACAAUAUUCUACAUAUUCCACAAGUUCUCUCCACACCAAAACUUUCAUAUUUUUCCGAAAAUAUGAGAAUCGAACAGCUCAGAGCAAUAUCAAGAAGAUUCGACAAAAUCGAUGUAUCAAUUGGAAAAAUUAAAAUCGAAGAACUUGUGAAAUAUAUAGAUGAUUUUAGAAGAAGAGAUAGAAAUCGACAAGAAGCUCACAUUAUUAUCAAUAUAUUUUCGCCGAAGCCAUUCAAUUUGAAAGAAUUCAAUCUCGAAAAUCGGAGCCAUCAUAGUAUAGAUCAGUUAUCUUCGAAUGUUUUGUGAGUUUUUUCUUUUUUCUUAUAUUAGGGUAAUGAAUUACAUAUACGUGUCCAUAAAUUAAUUUUUCUUAUUACAGUAACAACGAAACAUUCCGAUCAUUCAAUGGAAAUCAUCGACUGUUUAUGAGAAAUUAUCGGUAUCAAAAUCGUCUCAAAAUUGAUGUCCAACGAUAUUAACACGGACAAAUUUCAAAUAAAUUGUUUUUAUAUGUUAAGUAAUAUAAAAAAUAUUGAUAAUUAUGAUUAUAAGAACAUGUUCAUUCAAAGCCAUAAUCAUGUUUGGCAUUCACAAAAAAAGGGUAAAUAAAAAAGAUUAUCUCUUUUUUCGGUGAUAACAUAUGUAUCAUUUAUACACUUGUGAUAAGCCUAACUUUUUUUGUUAUGUCAAACUUUGUUUAUCCACUUCUUUUUUCACACUCAUUCAUUUAUUUAUACGGAUUUCAAAAAAUCAUAGACUUUCAACAAAAUACAGAAGCUCGAUAAAAAUGAAUAUAACAAAAAAUUCUUAUUUCAAUGACGCAUAAAUAAAUACCGUAUCAUUAAAUCCAAGCAAGUAUUCGAGUUUAUUACAUAAAAUUACAACACUUUUUAGGUAUGUUUUGAUCAUUUAAUAAAAUUAGCAAAGUAAAUAUGGUUUGACUUUUAGCUUUUUGGUCAUUACAUUUGUUCUAAUCACAAAUAACAAUAAGCUAGUUCCAUUUUCUCGAACAUAAAUCUCGUUUUUUUGUCCUGUCUUUAUACUAUCCCUUACUAUAUUCAUUGUUAUCUGAUUCUUUCAUCCCCCUUUUUUCAUUAUUUAUUUAUACUUUUAUCGAUUACUCAUCAAUGAAACAAAUCCCCAUUUUUUGUAUCUAAUAAAAUUUGCAUUCUGAUUUUCAAAACAUCAAACUCGUUUGACUUUACUAUAUAUAAAUAGUAUUUACAAUAAUUGUUUUUUGUUUAGAUUUUGCUGGGUAUUUCAGCCAUGAUAUGAGAGUUUUGUCACAAUUCCAACUGUUAUUUUUUCUAUUGACAGUCUAUUGUAUUCCAAGACGAGGAAACGAACCUUGGUCUGUUGUUUUGUGCAAAUUUCGGGGAAAUCCGUUUGAACCGAGAACUGUGCGUUGGUUUGAAGAAUGGAUUACAGAUGGGAAUAAUCCAGGUUGGUUUUCUUUGAAUUUUAUCGGAAAAAUUGAAAUGUUUAUGUUAUCAGGAAUAAUUAAAAGAGUACACCUCACAUUUAAUUUUUCUGAAUACAUCUGAGAUUUCUAAAUUUACAGACACCCUUGAAAGUUACUUUUCUUCGGUUUCAAAUGGUAUCUACACAGUUCGUGGUUCAAAUGUCACUGAUUGGUUGCAACUUCCUUGGACUCGCGGAGAAGUUCUUCGAAUGGCUCUCAGAGAUCCAAGACUUCAAUCAGAAAAAGAUAAACCUUUUGCGGUAAUAGUUUAUUUACUUUCACAAUUUUCAUCACCUUUUUUCUAGCUUUUCGACAAAGCUAAACAGUUGUGUAUUUCAUAUGCUGAACAACAAGGUUAUAUUUUACAUCGACAAAAGAUUACUGUAAUCAAUGCUGAACAAACUGCAGUUUAUGGAAAAGAUAAUGGAGUUUUGCUUACUCCGAAAUUAAUUUUUACCUCGGUUUUGGCUCAUGAAAUGAUACACAGUAUGAAUAUUGGACACUCUUAUAGUGAUCGAAAUAAAAAGGUGCACACUUUUCUCGAAUUUAUAUCGAACCAUUUUUUUCCAGAUUUUCACAUAUUCUGCAACUGGUGAAUAUGAUGAUAGAUAUGAUUUAAUGUCAACAGCAAAUGCACAUAUGAGACCAUCAACUUAUGGUUUAAGUGGUCCUGGUUUAAAUGGUCCACAUCUUGAUUAUUUGGGAUGGCUUCCAAGUAAUCGUGUUUUAUAUUUUGGAAAAGAUGAUCGACAAAGUUAUACACUUCGUCUUUCAUCUUUAUCAGUUCCACAUCGAUUAACAGCUGGAUGGUUACUUGUUAUGAUACCGUAUGAUAGAGAUGAACCAGCAAAUGUUUAUACAGUUGAAUACCGUACUCCAGUUGGAAAUGAUGCUGCAAUUAGACAAGGUGCUGUUGUAAUUCAUCAAAUUAAAAAAGAUGGAACAAGUUUUUAUUCGAAACUUAUAACUCAUGUUCAUAGUGAAUAUGAUGAAUUGACUGUUGGAACUGAAUGGGUUAAAUUUUUACAAUUGGAUGAAAAUGGAGAUUUUCAAUAUAUUCGGGUAAAAGUUGAACGAACUCAUACAAAAACAAAUAGUGCUGAUGUCAAGAUUGUUACUAAUUUCAGACCGGUUAGUUUGUUUUUUGGAAAAAUAUUAUCUUGUAUUUGUAGGAACGUUGUCAAAGAAAUGAGAUUAUAGUUGAUGUGACUGAAAGAAUUGAUCUAGAACUUCGAGGUGUUCAAAAAGUUUGUAUGCCUGAAAAUUAUGAAGUAGUUACACAGUAUGAUAUGGAUGUUCAAUAUAAACGCGAUGCAUUUUUCAGUCUCAGGUUUCAAUUAUUCCGAAAAGAACAUUUUUAUGAUCUUCAAUUUUUCAGAAAGUCAUACGGUCAAAAUGAGUGUAAAAAUGGGAAGGAAUGGAGAAAAUUGGAUGCUUAUGAUUAUGUUUGUGUUCCAAAUACUCGAAGAGCUGAGUUGAAAGAAUCGCCAAAACCUAUUCAAAUGGAAAAACCGAGUCAAAAAUGCCCAGAAGAUUUGCUGGCGAGGAUAGCUUUCCAGGUAAAAAACAAAAAAAUUCUCCCCGGCCGGGAAUUGAACCCGGGUCUCGCAUGUGACAGACGCGGAUACUCACCACUAUACUACCGAGGACACAUUUUCUUCGCAUCUUUUUUUCAUAGAUAAAACUGGGUGGUUUUGCAGGGAGAUGAGGCGUGUGUAACACAAGAAGAAUUGGAGAAGAUAGAAACGGAGAAUGUUCAAUCACAUUUAAAUUUGAAGUAUUUUGCAUUUUUCAAUGGAGAUGAUACUGUUAAUAUUUGA